CGUCAUAUCCGCUUAUUUCAAUCCCUCCUUGCUUUAGGAAAGUACAGUCCUUGCGGGUCACUAUUUGACUCAUGUUUAGAUCACUGUAAUCCGAAGCCACGUUUGUUUAUUUUCUUUGGUGUAAAAAGGCGUUAUGUUUGCAGUCAGGAAUCUUCUCCGCCGUGGCUCCAGGCUCUCAAUCUCCGCGGUGUCGCGGAGAGGAUGUGCGGGAGCUGGAGUCCCGGUGGACGACGUGGUGAACGGACUCACAGACGAGCAAAUACAGCUCCGACAGACAGUGCGGAGGUUCUUUUCUGAAAAGCUGGCACCUCAUGCUAAUGAAAUUGACAAGACGAAUGAGUUCCCUGGAAUGAGAAAAUUUUGGAAAGAGUUGGGCGACAUGGGGCUGCUUGGAAUCACUGCUCCAGCGGAAUACGGUGGUACAGAGUUGGGCUACUUGGACCACGUCAUAGUGAUGGAGGAAAUGUCACGAGUGUCGGCGGCCAUCGCGCUCAGUUACGGCGCCCACUCGAACCUGUGUGUCAACCAGAUGGUGCGACAUGCAAACGAGAAGCAGAAGGAGAAGUACAUGCCGAAGCUGCUGACUGGAGAGCACAUUGGAGCUCUGGCCAUGAGUGAGCCCAACUCUGGUUCAGAUGUUGUGUCCAUGAAACUCAAAGCAAAUAAAAAAGGUGACUAUUAUGUUUUGAACGGCAACAAGUUCUGGAUCACAAACGGUCCAGAUGCCGACGUCCUCAUCGUUUAUGCCAAGACAAACCCUGAAGCUUACCAAAAAGGCAUCACUGCCUUUAUAGUGGAGAAGGGAAUGCCGGGAUUCUCCACAGCACAGAAGCUCGACAAACUGGGCAUGAGGGGAUCCAACACCUGUGAGCUGAUCUUUGAAGACUGUAAAAUCCCAGAGGAAAACGUCCUCGGUCCGCUCAACAAAGGUGUUUAUGUGAUGAUGAGUGGUUUGGACCUGGAGAGGCUGGUGCUUUCAUCUGGACCAAUCGGUAUCAUGCAGGCGGUUCUGGACUUUGCUAUUCCUUACCUUCAUGUCAGAGAAGCUUUCGGUCAGAAGAUUGGCCAUUUUCAGCUGAUGCAGGGAAAGAUGGCCGACAUGUACACCAGACUGAGCUCCUGUCGACAGUACGUGUACAACGUUGCCCGAGCCUGUGACAAAGGACAUUACAGUGCAAUGGUGAGAAAAUAAUUACAACUAAAGUUGUAACUAAACACUAGCGGUGUCCCAUAUUAACUUUUUGCUGAUAUCCGAUAUGCCGAUGAUGUCCAAACACUUUAAAAUUUACAAUUUACAAUUCCAACAAUACCGAUAAUAGGGCCUGAUAAUAUUUAUUUAUUUAUCUGUACAAAGCACUGUAUAAGUAUGAUAAUUUUAAUUAAAUGAGCUGCAAUGCUGCCAUCCAGUGACUUUCACGUUAAUACACAGCCGUUAAUCCCCAAAACUAUUUUUAGGGCACACAUCAUUUGGCAAAAUCCAGGCAUCGCGUUAUCGGGUUUUAAUUAUCAGAGGAAAAACCGAUAAUCAUUCUUACAAAUAUUACAAAAUAUGCUAAUAUCAAGCCGAUAAUAUCGGUCAACUGGUAUUAUCUGACGUCCCUACUGAAUACCUUAAUUAUUUAAAUAAUGUGUUUUGUCUUAUAGUUUAAAUUUUCCAGUUGAUCUGUUGUAUUACACAGUGUUGCAUAUCACUGAGUACACAGUCGCACCUUUAUUAGCACUGAAAAGUGAGUAUGAAGUGUUUGUUGGCUUCUCGACAAAUGAAGGUGUAAGUUUGUGUAGUUAAUUCUAUUAUUCCAUUGUGCUAAUGUAUUCUGUCACUGUAACUCGACCAGUUUAAUGAGAG